AGUUUUCAUUGAUUCAGUGGGAAGUGAAACGAGAGUGUAGAAAUGGCUGAGGCUGUUAUUUCCUUUUUCGUUCAAAAAUUGGGUGAGCAACUAGUCAAUGAAGUGGAUCUCCUCUCUGGAUUUCAUGAUGAUGUUGUGUGGAUCAAGAAUGAGCUCCAAACCAUGAGAGCUUUCUUAAAGGAUGCUGAUCGAAGAAAGGAGAGGGAGGAACUUGUGGAGGCUUGGAUUACCCAAGUAAGGUACUUAGUCUACAAUGCUGAAGAUUCAGUCGAUGAGUUCAUGAUUCGAAUGGAGUCACAACGCCGUCUUUGGAAUGGACACAUGGGUUGCAUUGUCUUUCAUGCCUGUUUCAUCAAGCAGUUGAUAUUUCGACACCGGUUCAGUACUCAAAUUCGAAAGAUUAGAAAGGAGGUGAAGGAGAUACAAGAAAGAGGCGAACGGUUUGGGUUUCACUCUGCAUUUCAGGAAGGAAGAAGUUCAAUUGCUAACGAUGAUGGACAUCGAGAUCCUGGAGUUGCAGCUUCUUGGGUCGAAGAAGCAGACAUCGUGGGGCUCAAGAAUGACACCAUGAAACUCGAGCAAUUGUUGCUGGAAAAAGAGGAGACACAACAGCGUACUGUCAUUUCGAUUGUGGGGAUGGGCGGUUCCGGAAAGACGACUCUUGCAAAGAAAGUGUACAAAACUGCAAAGACAAGUUUUGAUUGCCAUGCAUGGAUUUAUGUGUCUCAAUCAUUCCAAAAGAAGGAAAUCUUGAAGCGCAUGCUUGAAGGAUUUUAUGAGAGCAGGCGGGAGGCGGCUCCAAAUCAUACAGAGACAAUGGAUGAGGAAAAAUUAGCAGAGAUGAUCAACAACUAUUUGCAAGUAAAAAGGUACGCUCUGUUCCUUGAUGAUAUAUGGGAUACUAGUGUUUGGGAAGCUGUCAAAUAUGCUUUGCCUCAUGAAGGUGGUAGCAAGAUCAUCUUCACCACUCGCAGUGAAAAUACAGCCCGCCCUGUCCAUGAGAAAUGGCAUAUACACAAAAUGAAGCCAUUAUCUCAUGAAUUGGCUUGGGAACUCUUCGUAAAAAGGGCAUUUAUGAACGAAGACACUCAGGGAACCUGUCCGCAGCACUUAGUCGAAGUGGGAAAUGCCAUGGUCAAAAGAUGCAAAGGGUUACCACUCGCCAUUGUGGUAAUUGGUGGCCUCAUGUCAAAUAAGGGAACUGAUCUAGCUGAAUGGAGUGUAGUGUUUGAAAAUCUUGAUUCGGAACUGAAAGAUAAUGAAGAUCUUGCAAGAUUAAAUCGAGCCCUGCUAACGAGUUACAACUAUUUACCUUUUCACCUCAAAUAUUGUUUCUUGUAUUGUGGUCUGUUUCCUGAGGAUCAUGUGAUUAAGAGAAAGAAGCUGAUUCGCAUGUGGGUGGCCGAGGGCUUCAUUGAGGAACAUCCACGAAAGACACCUGAAGAAGUUUCAAGUAAUUACUUUACUCAGCUCAUUGAUAGGAACCUGCUCCAACCUGUCAUUCUUCAUGAUACAGGGGAAUUGAUAGCGUGUCAAGUGCAUGACCUCAUGCGUGACAUUGCUAUUCACAUGUUUAAGAAGGAAAAUUUCGCAGCAAUCCUAACAAAUCGAAGAAAUAAUUUCAAAGAAGUGCAACGUCGGUUGGCCAUCCAAAACACUGCAAUUGAUAUUCCAGGAAGCAUGCCUGAAUUGAAUCCUCGGUCACUUCUUCUAUUUAACGACCAGGAAUUUCCCUCUUCCUCUUUCUGUAGAAUGUUUUCAAAAUUCAAAUUAUUGAGGGGAUUAGAUCUAGAAGGCACUAAAAUAAAGAUUUUGCCGAAUGAAGUUGGAGGGUUGAUUCACUUACGGUAUUUGAGCUUGAGGAGGACAGAGAUUGAGGAACUCCCUGUUUCAUUGCAAAGACUGCACAACCUACAGACGCUGGAUGUCAGAGAUUCCCAUUUGAAAGGUUUACCCACUGGAAUAGAGAUGCUUACGACAUUGACGCAUCUUAAUUUGAUGAAAUUUAUUGGCAGUAGGGAAUUCUAUAAGAUGCCUGAGCGAAUAGCCAGUUUAAGCAACCUCCAAACACUAUCAGGUGCAUCAGUUGACGGUGGCUUUUCGAGAGAGUUGGGUUACUUAACCCAACUAAAGAAAUUAACAAUUGGAGAAGUAAAAGGGGAAGAUUGUAGACAACUAUGUGAUUCCAUUAGUCAGUUGAAAUGGUUGCGAUCUCUCAAAAUAGUGGGCCUGGGCUAUGAUCAAGAACUCAAUUUACAAGAAUUGUCACAGCCUCCACAGUACCUUGAGAAACUUUAUUUGGUAUGUGCGAUGGAAGAAUUUCCCCAAUGGAUUGGUUCACACAACUGUCUCCGGCGCAUUACACUUAUGGAUUGCCAAUUUGUGAAAGAUCCACUCAUUACCCUUGGACAGUUACCCAAUCUGGUUUCCCUGUGUCUCAAUAAUGCUUAUGUAGGGAAGCAGAUUUAUUGCACGUCUGUUGGAUUUCCGAAGCUCAGAACCAUGAUUAUCACAGCUAUGGAAGAAUUGGAAGAGUGGAGUAGAAUAGAGGAGGGUACAAUGAAAUCUCUACAGCAUCUCCUUAUUGGGAGUUGUCCAAAGCUAAAGAUGCUCCCAGAUGGCUUUCAGCACCUCGCUGCCAUCCAACAUCUAUUUUUAGUUGACAUGUCAGAAGAAUUCAUGAAGAGGGUAAGGGGCGGCGGAGAUGACCAUCUCAAAGUGCGUCACAUCGCUGAAAUUAGAACAUUUCGUGAAGUUGGUGGAAAAUACAUCACAGAAUUGCUAUAGAUGGGUUGUGCUUUGUGGGCAAGGAGGGACAGCGAUGAACAGUUGAGGUGGAUGAUUUCACUGGGCUUUUGGAGCGGCUUCGUGGCUAAUCGUCCUCGGCAAAGUGAAGAAAGGAAAAGUCGGUUGCUAUUACAGCCAUCAUCAGAACGCAAUCGAGUCAUACUGCUUUGGUGUGCAUUAUGGUUCUCCUCAUACCAUAAUGGCUUUUACUUGGCAAGUGGGUAGGAGCAGGUGCUCAUAAUUGAUUACCUUCAUUAGAGGUCAAUGAUUAUUCCUAAUAUAUGCUUUAUAUGUAUGCAAGAUGUAGAUGAUUUAUCCAUUUCUAGAUUGCAAGAUUGGUGUGUGUGAGGUUCUUUGGCCUCCUUAACAUGUCACGGCUGAUGUUGGGGAUCGAAGGCUUGUUCCUAGCAUGGAAAGAUGGAGAAUUAGAAUGUGGAGGCUAACUUGUGAACUAUAUGAGAAAGUUAUGUAUUUUGGGAUGGGCUUCUAGUUUAGAAGCUUGAUGAAUGUAUCUGUCUUUCUUAAUUCGGGCUGGUGCCAAUAUUGUA